UCAGCGUUUCUGAAUAAGUUCUCACUAGCUAGCUAAAUUGUUGUUGGAAGUGUUACGAUGUAGGAGUACGCUGUUUUUCAUCCUAACGAUUUAAAAAGUCUAACAUGCCUGCCGGUGUGUCUUGGCCAAGGUACCUGAAAAUGUUAGGUGCCAGUGUGUUAUCCAUGUUUGCCGGUGCCGAGGUCGUUCAUCAGUAUUACCGCCCGGAUUUGACCAUUCCAGAGAUUCCCCCCAAACCUGGAGAACUGCAGACAGAACUUCUUGGAUUGAAAGCAAAACACGAAGCCUCAGAGAAACAUUGAUAUCAUUUUUCUUCUUCUUCUUCUUCUUCUUCUUCUUCUUCUUCUUCUUCUUCUUCUUCUUCUUCUUCUUCUUCUUCUCUCU